AUGGAUCUUAAAUCUGCAAUUGGGAAUGAACUCUAUCAACAUCUCGAAGAGAUUGGAUUGGCAAUUACAAAGCCUAACGUAGCUGAUUUCCUUCCAUGGUUCCGAAAUUUAGACCCACAGAAUUUGGCCAGCAGAACAAAGAAGGCAAUUCAUGCAUGUGUAAACAUCAUUGAUGGAUUUGUAAAGGAGCGAAGGAGCAAGGGUGUUUUUGGCAAUAAAAACGAGGGCCAGGAUUAUUGGGAUUUGUUAAUGGACUUCGAAGGCAAUGGCAAAGAUGAACCAAGGAAACUGUCAGAUGGACAAAUAAAUUGGAUCAUAUCUGAAAUGUUUAUCACUGGAAUCGACACACUAACCACUUCCGUAGAAUGGAUAAUGACAGAAGUUAUCCGCAAACCAGAGGUAAUGAGGAAAGCCAAAGAUGAGAUUUCCCAAGUUGUUGGAAAUAAUAAAAAGAUUGAAGAAAGUGAUAUUGAAAGUUUACCUUAUCUAGGUGCAGUGAUUAAAGAAGCACUGAGAUUGCAUCCACCAGCUCCUUUCCUUAUACCACGCACUACUAUUGAAGACACAGAAUUCAUGGUAUAUAUUAUACCCAAGGACACAGCUGUGUUAGUUAAUGUUUGGGGUAUUGGGAGGGAUCCAGCAUUAUGGGAUGAUCCGUUCUCAUUCAAUCUUGAACGUUUCUUAGGAAAUACUACGGAUUACCGCGGGAAACAUUUUGGAUUACUGCCGUUUGGAGCUGGAAGACGUAUAUGUCCUGGCAUCUCCAUGUCCCACCAAAUUCUUCACAUUGUGGUUGGGUCAUUGCUUCAAUCUUUCGACUGGACCCUCGAAUAUGGCGUCACACCUGAAUCCAUAGACUUGAACGAAAAACUAGAGACGACACUGCAAAAGUCCACUCCUUUAAGAAUAAUACCGAGAGCAUCGGCUCUUGCAACAUGA